ACAACUUGAGACUGCUUCUGACUCUACUUCCUAUGUCACAGGACAAAACAUGCUAAGAAAGGAUUACACAUUUUAAGGAGAAGGUGGAGUGAUUUUUUUUGAAAAGUUCUGAAUUACUUCUCUGGAUUGUGAUUGCAGCAUGUACUUGCAGUCACUUGAUUGGACAAGAUGUCUGACAGUGAGCUGUAAGUGGUCAUAAAGAGAGGAUGAUUUCAGGUCAACAACAGCAGUCGACCCUGAGUGAGCCUGCAUGUCGUCCUCAGCGGCGUCCACCAUCAACCCCACCCCUUCCUAUCAGGACUCUGCAAGUCUUUGCUAAACAGCCAGAGGCAUGUGUUGUGUUACGGGAUCGUAAAAAGGUCAGAAGUUCUAGGUCAGGUAACCGACCUAGUGAGUCGUGGCCCUCAGCCAGGUCAGUCAGUAAGAUCCAAGACAGAAGCUGCACUCAAUCUCAAGCUCACCUGACCUUGUCAACCCCGGCCUCGGUUCUGCAACAAGCCCACAAUCCUUUGCUGCCUGCCGCUCCUCACUCUCAUUGGCCAAUGCCUCCUCCUAGUGGGUGGCACUCCGAAGCCUCUAUGAUAUCACUGCUGCUUUUCUUCCACAGUGCUUCCAAUAACAAACUGGUUUCUAUUGACAACAAAAUUGAGCAGGCCAUGGAGCUAGUGAAGAGUCAUCUGAUGAUGGCAGUCAGGGAGGAGGUGGAGCUUCUGAGGGAACAAAUCAGACAACUACAGGAGAAGAACAAAGAGCUAAUGAGAGAGAACAACAUCCUGAGAACACUCACAUACACACACACAAAUUCAUGCAGUUAACAUUUUAAGACUUUCAUUUGGACAGCCCAAACAAAGCCAUUGAAGGCCUAACCCUAACCUUAACCUAAACACAAUUCCCAUAUUAGCCCUAAACCUAAAUGAGGUUCUGCCUUAAUAUGAUUGGGUUUGAUGUUAAUGCCAGAAAAGGUCUUAGAGAGGUGACAAAAAGUAUAAACAAACAGGUCUGUGCACCUGUCGCUGUUUUCACUUAAUGUUGACAGCCUAAACAAAACAUAACCACUUAAUGCCUUAUCCUAACCUUACCGUAAUUACUAUACAAAUGUUUGCCAUAAGCACAACCUCAUAUCCGAGGCUCUGUUUCAUUUCAACAAGGGUUUGGUCCCUUGUGUUUAUCAGUUUCAUAAGCUACUAAUAAGAUUAAUGAUAACAUGACAAAAAGAACAGCUUACAACUGCUGUAACUGUAGUUUGCUGUUUAUAAUAAAUAAAUUACUAAUCUAAUU